GCCCCGGAAAGAAACAAAGAGCCACUGUUUAAGUAAACCUAAAUAAAUAUUAAUAAUUCAUCGAAAAAGUAAAAGCUCUGGGCUUGCAGAAGAGCAUGUUGUAGUAGUCAUUGCAUCUUCGCUGGGAAGCCAAAACAUUAGUACUAAUCAAAGAGCCAAACAACAAGCAAAGCUAAAGAAGCGUCCAGAAGAAGAAGCAGAAGAUCGCCAAAAGCCGUUUCCUUUCCUCGGAAGCUUCAUUUUCUCUCUCUUCUACUGUCUGAACUCUGAUGAAUCUUGGACUUUUUUGCUGUGACCUCCAUUAAAGCCUUCACGGCCAUUUCCCCACGAGAAACCCUCUACUCUCUAACUUUCGCCUCACGGGAAAGCACCGCCAAAGGCUGAAUCUCCUCUCUUAUAUAUGUCUUUGUAAGACUUUGGUUGCCUGGCCGUGGUGUUGCGGGAGAAGAAGAUGUUGCUGAGGGCUGUGGUUCGUUUGCUUUGUGUUCUUCAAUGCGGGUUGUUGGCGUUCUCUUUGUUGGACCCUAUUGAUUUCUUGGCGCUGCAAUCCAUUCGGAAAGCCCUCGACGACGUGCCCGGUUCCAAUUUCUUCGCAUCUUGGGAUUUCACUUCCGACCCCUGCAACUUCGCCGGCGUUUAUUGCGGCGGCGAGAAGGUGAUAGCGCUGAAUCUCGGUGAUCCGAGGGCGGGCUCGCCGGGCCUCACCGGCCGGAUUGAUCCUGCCAUCGGGAAGCUCUCCACUCUCGCUGAGUUCACCGUCGUCCCCGGCCGUAUAUUCGGCACUCUGCCCUACACAUUGUCGCAAUUGAAGAACCUCAGGUUUUUGGGAGUCAGCCGGAAUUACAUCUCCGGGCAGAUUCCUCCGGCGAUCGGUCAGCUUAGCGGGCUACAGACGCUUGAUCUCAGUUACAAUCAGCUCUCCGGAAAUAUUCCGUGGUCCAUCGGAGCGCUGCCGGCAUUAACCAACGUCAUUCUCUGCCACAACCAUCUCUCCGGUUCCGUUCCGCUCUUCAAGUCCCAAACCCUAACCCGGCUCGACCUCAAGCACAACGAUCUCUCCGGUUCUCUCUCGCCUACCUCUCUCCCUCCCUCUCUCCAAUACCUCUCCCUGUCCUGGAACCGGAUAGGAGGACCCGUGGACCGGCUCCUAACUCGCCUCAACCGCCUGAACUAUCUCGACCUGAGCUUGAACCGGUUCUCCGGCAGGAUCCCGGGCAAUAUAUUCACUUUCCCGAUCACAAACCUCCAACUGGAAAGGAACUCAUUCUUCGGUCCGGUUCAACCGGUGGAUCAGGUCAGAAUCCCGACCGUCGAUCUCAGCCACAACGGCUUAUCUGGCACGAUCUCUCCGAUGUUCUCGACCGUUCAGAAUCUCUACCUCAACAACAACCGGUUCACGGGUCAGGUUCCGGCCAGCUUUGUAGAGCGGUUGCUGUCCGCCAGAAUACAAAUACUGUACCUACAGCACAACUAUCUGACCGGAAUAGAGAUCAAUCCGACGGCUGAGAUUCCGGUGAGCAGCUCGUUGUGCUUGCAGUAUAACUGCAUGGUGCCGCCGAUUCAUUCGGCUUGUCCAUUGAAGGCCGGGAAGCAGAUGACGAGGCCGGCGUCGCAGUGCAACGAAUGGAAAGGGUGAAUCCGAUAAUUCGUCCUGUUGCCAGGGGCAUAAAGGGGAAAGACUAGAUAUAAAACCAUAGUUCUUAUGGCGAUUUUACAUAUUUGUGAAAUAUAUUUUGUCGGGAAAAUGAGCUCUUAAAUUCAUUUAUUUAUUUGUAAGCCCUAAUUUUAAUUUUUUUUUUUUUAUCAUAUAAUCUUGUCUUGGUACGUAAACAUUAACAAGGAAAUUAUAAAAAAUAUUACU